AUUGUUGUUCAUUCAACGAAAUCGCAACUAUUUAAUGCUGACGUUGGACGAUAGGGUGCGCAUCGUCACCGUACAUCGAUAUAUUUUUGGUGUUGUCAGUCCGGGUUUUGUGUAUUGUGUGUAUUCUACCAUUUAUUAUUUUAAUUUCAUUUGUUCAUCGAUUCAAACACAACAAUUUUCAAUCAGUAAAAAUGUGAUUAAAUUACAAUAUUGCAGUGGAUUCGAACGAAGAAAAAAACAACACCGAGCAAAGUUUUUUUUCAAGUUAUUUGUCGACACCAUCGCAAUCGCAAAACCGAGUAACUUGAAAAAAAAGGUUUAUAUAUAUUAUAUAUGUAUCUAUAUAGAAGAGAAAGAAAAAAAUAUCGAGAAUCGAAUUGAAGUGAAAAUAGUUUUUACUAAGUGCUGAGUGUAUAUGCAAGAAGAGAAGUGCAAAAGAAAAAAAAAACACACACAAACAGUGUCUCGAUAUAUUUUUUUGUGGUGUGCUUAAGUCUCUUUUUCCUUUUUGAUAAAAAUAUUUCCAUUUAAUUUUUUUAACAAUUUUAUUUCGUUGCCGUUUCAAAAGACAUUGUUCUGCACUCGUCAUCAUCAUCGUCAUAGUGUAAAAAAAUUCUAAGCAAAGUGUUUUCGACGUGUGAUUGUGCAUUUCGAUGUGAUUUUUUUUUGUAAUCAUCUUUGUUAGUCUAUAUAGAUAUAUAUACAUACACUGUAUACUGUAAUACGUCAAAAUGGCGCAUCAACUGGCCCCUUCUGUAAACUGUUCGCUCGAUGAAAUUGACUUAAAUGCAUUGAAGGAUCCAGCGGGUAUUUUUGAACUCAUCGAAGUCGUUGGCAAUGGAACGUACGGACAAGUAUACAAGGGGCGACACACAAAAACUGGCCAAUUGGCUGCCAUUAAAGUGAUGGAUGUGACGGAAGAUGAAGAGGAGGAAAUCAAAUUAGAAAUUAAUGUUUUGAAAAAAUAUUCAAAUCAUCGAAACAUUGCUACAUAUUAUGGUGCAUUCAUAAAAAAAUCACCGGCCGGCAAGGACGAUCAACUGUGGCUGGUGAUGGAAUAUUGUGGUGCUGGUUCAGUAACAGAUCUAGUUAAAUCGACUAAGGGACAAAGUCUGAAAGAGGAAUGGAUAGCAUACAUUUGUCGUGAGAUUUUACGCGGUCUUAGCUAUUUGCACACCAACAAAGUCAUUCAUCGGGAUAUAAAAGGCCAAAAUGUUUUGCUAACUGACAACGCCGAAGUGAAACUCGUCGAUUUUGGUGUAUCAGCUCAGCUUGAUCGAACAAUUGGUCGGCGCAACACAUUCAUUGGUACGCCCUAUUGGAUGGCUCCUGAAGUCAUUGCUUGUGAUGAAAACCCCGAUGCAACAUACGACAAUCGAUCGGAUUUAUGGUCGUUGGGCAUUACGGCAUUGGAAAUGGCCGAAUCACAACCACCACUGUGUGAUCUUCAUCCUAUGCGUGCUCUCUUCUUAAUUCCAAGAAAUCCACCACCAAGACUCAAAUCCAAGAAAUGGUCCAAAAAAUUCCAUGGCUUUAUCGAAACUGUGCUCGUGAAAGACUAUCAUCAACGACCGUACACGGAGCAAUUACUUAAGCAUCAGUUUAUCAAAGAGCAACCAACUGAACGCCAAGUUAGGAUUCAAUUAAAGGAUCAUAUCGAUCGUUGCAAGAAACGAAAACAGGAGAAGGAACGUGAAGACUACCGUUACUCGGGCUCCGAUAAUGACGAUGAUGAGCCACAAGUAGCCGGCGAACCGUCAUCGAUCAUCCAAGCACCGGGCGGUGACACACUUCGACGCAAUUUCCAACAAAUCCAAGAGGGACACUAUCACAGCAAGGCCAAUAAGAAAUCACCCGAACGAUCACCGGAUGCAGCACAAAUCGCUCAAAACCGAAUUUCACAACCGGUCCAACAACGUGAAAAGCAAGAUGAUUCUGGUCAACCAUCUCGGCCAGCAUUGCCGCACCGACUCAUCGUUGUGCCCGAUCCGCCAAAUGCAAAUCGGCCCCUGCCACCGACACCGCGAAGCAAUAAUUCGUCGUCGUCUCAGUCACAAAACUCACAACAACCACAAAGGAGCGCUCCAAUGCCACAGGCUCAGCCAGAUGCGCCGCCACGGAACAGCCGUCAACAAGCGCCAGCAUCAAAAUCGAAUUCACAACAAUCAUCAAGCGUCAAUCAUCACCAGCAACCAAUUGUCAAUCCAUUGGAUCCAAUCGACGACUCGGAUACGGACAGCGAAGCCGAAGAGUCAAAUGAACGAGGUCGAAACGAUGGAACUCUGUUGGCUAGCGAUCCGCCAAAGCCACUUCCUGAAUUUUCAUAUAGGCCUGGCUUGAGCGUUUUGUCGGAGGAUUCAAAUAAUGCAGUACCUUCGCAUGGAGCCGGUGGUCCACCGAAUCGACCACUGCCGCCAACACCCGACGACGAUGAUCAGCAAGGCGAUCGCACAUUGAUCAUGAAGCGGAAUCAAAAUUCGGAAAAGCAAACAACGUCCGAUAAGGGUGCAGCCGAUGAAACCGUCUUGCUUCGUGAUUGGGAUAUUGAGCGAUUUUUCUCAAGCGAUCGUGCCAAGAAGAAUUCGCCCAGCAAUUCACAAAGACCAAAUGUGAUUAGCAUGCAAUCGAAUAAAGAUGCACAAAAACCGAAACUUAGUGAUUUCGCGACCGAUCGAAAGGUCGUCGUCGUUAGCAGUGGCAGCGGUUUCAAUGCCACCGCAGUGACCAAUCAAUCAGCCACUAGCAAACAAGUUCAAUCGUCGAUCAAUAACAAUAACAAUAACAAUCAAAAUGCAAAGCCGAAAAAUAAUUUCCUCGCAAAUCUAUUGGACAGUUCGAAAAAUCAUAAGCGCCAAGAGAGCGAUUCCAAACUAUCGUCGAAUUUUAUACGCGGCUUUCGGCGAGAGCAUUCGGAUUUUUUCCCAUCAACCAAACGACAUUCGGUUGUGUUGGGUGAACGACAGAGCGCCAUCGCACACAUCGUUCCGCAUCGAUCGAGUGCCAUUUACACCAAACACAAUAAAAACAAUAACGGUGAACCGAUCCUAACCGAUUUCGUGAGCCGAACAUAUUUAGAUGGUUCACCAGCGGCCACAAGCAGCAGCUGCACAACGACGACAAAAACCACCACAUCACCGACGGCAUCGAUAACAACAUCAGCCGCGUCGUCAAUCCAAAUCGCCAAUAACAAAAGUAACAGUAACGAUAACACUGUAAAUAAUAAUCGAAAUUUAUUUUUUAUGGGUCCACGGCGUGAAAAAACCGAAUCAGUCAUUUCACUGAGAAAUUCAGCCAAUCGAAAUCUUCUGUUCGAUCAGCUUCAGAAUCGCGGUGAAAAUAGCGGCGCACCAAAUACUCGCACGAGCAACGUCUUACCGGAUCUGUUAAGUCAAGCGUCACCGGCAACGCCUCCACGUCAUGACAAAUCAUCAAGCGAGGAAUAUCGUGCGGCCAUUAGUUCGGUGCAUUCAACACCAUCGAAAUCCUUUAUACUUAAUAAUUCAGCAUCACCAAAUUCAACACUUUUGUCUAAUCAAUCCAUGUCUCCAAAGCACAACAAUUCCUCUCUAUUAAAUUCACUUAAUAAUUCCCACAACAAUUCCCAUAACAAUUCCACAAACAAUUUCCAAGGCAACAAUUUCUCGCCACAAUCCAAUCAGCAUUCGUCCUCAUCUCCCGUUCACACGUCCAAUCAAUCGAACAAAAAUAAUAAUCUUUCAUCUUCCCAACCUCAACAACAACAACUUCUACCGCCACACGCUUAUGCGCUGCAACAGAAGCAACGGAGUUUUCUUACGUUUGGAUUCAGUGCCGGUGGAUCGGGUCCAUCGCGCCGUGAAAGCCAUGUUAAUGUUAAUGUAACGCCAACAUCUCAUGAUAUUACUAGUGAUACACCAGAGAUACGUAAAUAUAAAAAACGCUUCAACUCGGAAAUUUUAUGCGCUGCAUUAUGGGGCGUCAACUUACUUAUCGGCACAGAAAACGGUCUCAUGCUGUUGGAUCGCUCUGGUCAAGGAAAGGUGUAUCAAUUGAUAUCCAGACGACGUUUCCAACAAAUGGAGGUCUUAGAAGGGCAAAAUAUCCUAGUUACAAUAUCGGGCAAGAAGAACCGGGUGCGUGUCUACUAUCUAUCGUGGCUGAAAUCAAAAAUUCUCCGAACUGACGGUUUAUCUGAUCAAGUCGAACGACGAAAUGGUUGGAUAAAUGUUGGCGAUCUUCAAGGUGCCGUACACUUCAAAAUUGUAAAAUACGAACGCAUCAAGUUCUUAGUGAUCGCACUGAAAGAUUCCAUUGAAAUCUAUGCAUGGGCUCCGAAACCGUAUCACAAAUUCAUGGCGUUCAAGAGUUUUGGCGAAUUGGUGCAUAGACCACUGCUGGUGGAUUUGACAAUAGAAGAUCAAUCUCGUUUGAAAGUCAUCUAUGGUUCGGCUGAAGGAUUCCAUGCUGUCGACUUGGAUUCAGCCACCGUGUAUGACAUUUAUCUUCCGAAACAUACUCAGGGUCCAAUAAUACCACACUGCAUCGUGGCACUGCCGAAUUCAAACGGAAUGCAAUUGCUUCUGUGUUAUGAUAAUGAGGGUGUUUAUGUGAAUACUGUCGGCAGAGUUUCAAAGAAUAUCGUGUUACAGUGGGGCGAAAUGCCAACAUCGGUUGCAUACAUUGGAACUGGUCAAAUAAUGGGUUGGGGCAAUAAAGCAAUAGAGAUUCGUUCCGUGGAGACUGGUCACUUAGAUGGAGUUUUUAUGCACAAAAAAGCUCAACGUCUUAAAUUUCUUUGCGAGCGUAACGACAAAGUAUUUUUCAGUAGUGCCAAAGGUGCAUCAUCAUGUCAAAUAUACUUUAUGACACUAAACAAGCCAGGCAUGGCAAAUUGGUAGAUGCGGAUGAAUUUCGUGUACAUUUAGAGGGCAUCGCAAUUGACACAGGACACAAUAGCAAACAUAAUACGAAUGAACAAAAGUAAACACAGAAUGAAAGAACGAAGGAAGUAAACACACGGAACCGACGUUGCAACAAACAACAACAACAACCAAGCACCACAAAUAUGUAUUUCGCUUUGUGAGAUAGAGAGAAACCAUACAAACAAAUACUAUCCACGAUUUGAUUAAGCUCUUUGCAAAACAACCGAACAAAUAAAUUACACUCGAAAAAUCGGCAUUCACAUUGUAUUUCAUAGAAUUAACACACCGAAUACACACAAAACACAAGAACCGAAGUAAGGAUCAAGAUUGCUCUGUGGAAUGGGGAUAAACAAACGAAACAACAGCAAUCCACUAUACACUGAAAGCAAGAAAUCUAGAGUUGUAAUGUACACAUCGUGUAAUAAUUUUUAUCUUGUACUAGGUAUUUAAAAUAACAAACAGAGAAAAAACAAAUGAGAUAUGAACAAGAGAAAAGAGCAGGAGGAACAAUAUAGCGUAAUGUAUACACUUUAGAAAGGAGUAACAAUAGGCAAAUCACAAACAAACAAAAACAUAUUAAGGAGCAUUUACUUUGUUCAUUUUUUUUUAUAAUUUCUCAUCGUAAAUAUUCGAUCGAAGGAAGACACAAUCUCCCGGGUGAAUGCCAGUUCACGCAUGAGAGAUGGACAGUUUUUCCUUGAAUAAUCCCGAAACAGAAAACUACUACUACCAAAAGCACAAACAAUCGAAAAAGUUGUCAACACAGUCGUAUUUUAUUGUAUAAAAUCCAAUGAUUGGCACUUGCUUUACUACCCAAAAUUUCCGAUAUUUCGAAUGAUAUUACGAAAACCAAUUGCAUUUAUAGCGAAUUUUUUGUCUCUAUUUUUUCUUGUCCGAGGAUUCAAUCCAUUCACAAAUAUUGUUAUGAUUCCGAUUCGCUUUUUAAAAAAAAAAUAUAUACAUGAUCUAAUGAUAUAGCGAGAGGCAAAUCUCUAACAAACCAUUUCCAUCAAAAAAAUUCUUUUGUGCAUUUUCUUUAUGUUUGCUAAACAAAAAAAAAUUAAACUGAUAAGAAUUAAAGAGUAAUAUAAAGAAUUUAUUAUGAGAGCAAAGAGAUAGGCGCCAGUGUGCGAACGAUAUGUGUGAAACUAGUGUAUAUUAACAACAGGAUUCUUUUUUUUUUUUAAAAUUAUCAAACAAAAAGUAAUAACAAAAACAACGAUAAAAGAAGCAAAUAAAAAACAAAACACUGAAAUCCAAAUUUAAAAUUUGCACUCAAAAUACUCGAGUCGAUUUUCUUUUAAAUAAAUAAAUUUUCGUGUAUUCCUUGUAUCAUUUUCAAUCAUUUCCAAAUAGAACGAAAAUAAAAUUUAGUUGAAAAUGGAUAGGAAAAUUCGAGUCCCUUUUUUAGACGAUUGCAAUAAAAGAAAAUUGUUUUGCUGCUGUGCAAAAAUAAAAAAAAAAGAUCCUAAACAUAUUCUAAAAUUUAUAGAAUGGAACAAAAAAGAAUGGAAUAGCGAUAGUAUUUAAUUUUUAUUUAAAACAGAAAGCAAGAGAGAGAAGAGAAAGGGAAAUUAAAAUGAAGAAUUAUUAGGAAAAUCGAAUGUCAAAUGAAAAGACUACAAAGGAAACAAGUUUUAAUUUGUAUUUUAUAACAUGAGACAACAACAACAAUCUAGACAUAGAAAAAGCAAGCAUAUUAUAAUCCAUAUAAUAAAAAAAAUAUAUGUAAAAAUAUGUGGGAUAUUGA